AUGUUAAAUGCUGGAAGACGAAUUCGUGCCUUUGAAAAACAACUUAAACGUCUUAAGUUCAGUAAAACAACAACAAAAGCAACUAAAUUGGGUAAAAUUAAAAAUAAUAUCGAUAAUUUAAACAAACUUAAGCCAUCAACUGAAUCAGUCAGUGGUGCUGUGUCUCGACACAUUCAACGUUG